CCGCCGCGCCCGCCCUUAAAAGCGGCGGCGGCUCCGGCGCAGCGCCCGCGGCGGCGCUCCCGGCACGGCCCGGGAUGGGCUCCGCGCACUCCGUGCCCGCCGAGAUGCGGGAGCUGGCGGACAGGACGGGCUUCACCUCUGAGCAGAUCGAGCACCUGCACCGGCGCUUCAAGCAGCUGAGCCAGGACCAGCUGACGAUCCGCAAGGAGAACUUUGACAGCAUUCCCGACCUGGAGUUCAACCCCAUCAGGGGGAAAAUCGUCCACGCCUUUUUUGACAAGCGGAACCUGCGGCAGGAGUCGGACGGGCUGGCGGACGAGAUCAACUUCGAGGAUUUCCUGACCAUCAUGUCCUACUUCAGACCCAUCGAGAUGAACAUGGACGAGGAGCAGCUCGAGCGCUUCCGCAAGGAGAAGCUGAAAUUCCUGUUCCACAUGUACGACUCGGACCAUGAUGGGAAGAUCACGCUGCAGGAGUACAGAAAUGUGGUGGAGGAGCUGCUCUCAGGGAACCCCCACCUGGAGAAGGAGUCAGCUCGAUCCAUCGCCGACGGGGCCAUGAUGGAGGCAGCCAGCAUCUGUGUGGGACAAAUGGGCCCGGACCAGGUGUACGAGGGCAUCACCUUCGAGGAUUUCCUUAAGAUGUGGCAGGGCAUCGACAUCGAGACCAAGAUGCACGUCCGCUUCCUCAACGUGGACACCAUCGCCCACUGCUACUGAGGAGGGGCGGCAGCAGGAGGAGGAGGAGGAGGAGAGGAGGAGGAGGAGGAGGAGGAAGAUGACCCAGCAGCAGCUCCAUGACCGCUGACCCAGCUCCAUGUCCUGUGACCCAGCUCCACGGUUCGUGUGCCUGUUCCACGCUGGGACUGCCCUCUAGAAACAUCAGAGGCUUUUAUCUGUAAUAAAAAGAUAUUUCUCUUUUUAGUCCUG